UAACUUUCCACUGCAAAUGAACUAACUCUACGUAUACGUGUGAAUCCACCAAAAAGAAAUAAGAGAGAAGGCUGCGUGUAUCGCCUUGACUUCACAAACCCAAUUAUGCUUCUUCCCUUCACAAGAACACAACGACAACAACUUAAGCUGGCUGUGUCUGUUUCUUCUUCUUUUUCUUCAGCUCUUUAUUACUUGGUCUCUCAAAUACAGAAGACACGUUCACACCACACAAAGUUUGGAUCUUAAACAAUGCUACUGUAAGAAAAAUCAAUUUGUAUCAAUUGAGGUUGUUUGCUUGAUUUGCCUUCGACCCUGCGAGUCGUGCAGAGCAGAGACUUCUGCUGGGGCCUUUCACUCUGUUCUUCUCUUUUUGGGAGCAAUGGCUUAAGUGGGUCUUCCUUGUCAGAACCUGGAUGCCAAACACAGAAAAAAAAAAAAAAGGAUUUGUGGUUUUUGAGUCAGAAAAGCCGACGCUUUUUGGGGUCAAUUUAUAUCUAUUUGAACUUAAGUCUAGUUCAAAUCAGGUAGCAAUGAAGUGUUUUCCAUUCUACUUUGGAGAGAAGAAGGAUGGUCCCAAGAGCUUGCAGUCCAUUUCGGGUCGGUCCAACAUUUCUACUACUGUUGAGGCUGAGAUGAGGAGAUCUGGUUCUGAAUUGAACUCUAUGGAUGCCUCAGACGCCAGCACAGACUCCCUUAGGAGAAAUGCAUUUCCCAGCCUGUCUCAAAGACCCAGCAACCUCAGAGUAUUUACUGUGCCCGAACUAAAAACAUCCACAAAGAGUUUUAGUCGCUCUGUGAUGCUUGGAGAGGGUGGGUUUGGGUGUGUCUACAAGGGGUUGAUCAAGAGUGUUGAUGAUCCUUCCACAAGAAUUGAAGUUGCUGUUAAACAGCUUGGCAGAAGAGGAAUUCAGGGGCACAAGGAAUGGGUCACAGAAGUGAAUGUUCUGGGUAUUGUGGAGCAUCCAAAUCUGGUGAAACUAGUGGGAUACUGUGCUGAUGAUGAUGAAAGAGGAAUCCAAAGGCUUCUGGUGUAUGAAUAUAUGCCCAACAGAAGUGUGGAACACCAUUUAUCACCACGAUCAGAAACUCCUCUCCCAUGGAAUAGGAGGUUGAAAAUAGCCCAAGAUGCUGCUCGUGGCUUAACAUACCUGCAUGAGGAAAUGGAUUUUCAGAUAAUUUUCAGAGAUUUCAAAUCUUCAAAUAUUCUUUUGGACGAGCAGUGGAAAGCAAAGCUGUCAGACUUUGGGCUAGCAAGAUUGGGACCAUCUGAUGGGUUAACUCAUGUCUCAACAGCGGUAGUUGGAACAAUGGGUUAUGCAGCUCCAGAGUAUGUUCAAACUGGACGUCUUACAUCAAAGAGUGAUGUAUGGAGCUAUGGUGUCUUCCUUUAUGAGCUCAUUACUGGCCGGCGGCCGAUUGACCGAAAUCGCCCCAAAGGUGAGCAGAAAAUGUUGGAAUGGAUAAGGCCAUACCUUUCAGAUGGAAGGAAAUUUCAAUUAAUAUUGGAUCCAAGACUUGAGAGGAAACACCUCUUCAAGCCAGCACAAAAACUUGCUGUAAUAGCAAACAAAUGCUUGGUCAGAAACCCAAAGAAUCGCCCAAAGAUGAGUGAAGUGUUACAAAUGGUGACUCAGGUUGUGGAGUCUUCAGUGAGUACAAAUCCACAGCCACCCUUGAAGGGUGUUGUAGCCUCCGAAGAAGCUUUUGCUGAAACGGUGAACAAGAAAAUUACCAUGGAUCAACAACCACAUUGUAAUUGGUUAAGGAUGUGGAGACCAAAGUUUUUAAGUACAUGGUUGUAGCUUUAUACUGAACAAGGCAAAUAAUUGGAGGCAAAGUUUGUUUAUGACCAGAAUGAUUUUUUGUUCCUGUACUUGGAGACCAGAAAGAGCAGAUCAUGUUACUGCUAUUUUUGUCACACCAAACGAAAAAAUGUGCAUAAACUAUUUGUGCCACUUAGGGGUGCUUCAAGCGUAUCAAGCUAUUUGAUGAAGUUUUUAAGGAUGCUAUAUUGAAGUAGGUAAGAGGAAAAGAAUUGUGAAUUGCAAGGUGGAGGCUGGAUUUCUGUGAUAUGCUAGAUAUGUUGAUGACCCUAAUGUAUGUAACUGCUCUUAGAGAAGUGAAAAUUAAUCACUUAAUGGAUGUAAAAUAAUUCCUUUGUAAAUUCUAUAUUUUUUUAUUUGCACA